AUGCUUAACACUAUCGAGGAGCUGCAAGGGUGUGAUGAGGAGGAAGAAGCUACUGCUGCUGUAGAUACCUCAACAGCAGCAGCAGAUGCAGCAGCAGCACCUGCUGCUGCAGCUGCAGCAGCAGUAGCAGCAGCAGUAGCAGCAGCAGCAGCAGCAGAUGCAGCAGCAGAUGCAGCAGCAGAUGCAGCAGCAGAUGAAGCAGAUUCAGAAGAAGAUACUGUUAAGCUCGAACCUCUUGCUGCAGCAGGAAGCACCCUAUCGCAGCAACUGCAGCAACUGCAGCAGCGGCUAGCUGCUAUGCGUUGGUCUUCUUCCUCUAAUACAGAAGAGGAAGAGGAUUUGCUGCUGCUGCAGCAGCAACAGCAGGUCGAGCUGCUGCAGCCGCUGCACAAGAGACACCACCACCGCCAUAAGGAAUUCAUGAGCUGCUGGGUCAGCAGCAGCAGCAGCAGCAGCAGCAGCAGCGAAGAGUCUGAAGAAUCAGAUAAGGAGGAGGAGACGAUCCAAGAGGUAGAGAAGGAAGAUCAACGUCCUGCUGCUGCUGCUGCAGCAGCAGCAGCAGCAGCAGAAGCAGAAGCAGAAGCAGCAGCAGCAGCUGCUGCUGCUAAGGAGGAAACAGGGAUAUCUCAAAGCCCAUCCACAGUAAGCAGCAGCGACCGCGAGAAUCCGCAGCCGCAGCAGCAGCAGCAGCAGCAGCAGCACCGGCAGCAGCAGCAGCAGCAGCAGCUGUGUUUGCAGCAGCAGCAUCUGCAGCAAGUCUCUGAAACCUUUUGUGUAGGUGAGAAGAGUAUCCUAUUGGAACCCAAACCAACUGCUGCAGCAGCAGCAGUUGCAGCAGCAGCAGCAGCAGCAGCGGCAGCAGCAGCAGGAGAGUACCGUACAGGAGGUGUAGAUACACCUGGAUAUAUUUCUUUUACUAAGGAAGAAAUAGAUCAAGGACCUAUACUAGCAGCAGCAGCAGCAGCAGCAGCAGCAGGAAAUAUUCCUCCUUAUGAUUGCUUCCUUGCUGCUUUCUUUGAUCCUAUUGAUGAUACAGCAGAUACAGAUGCAGCAACAGCAGCAACAGCAACAGCAGCAACAGCAGCUAGUGUUGAUGGUGCUGCAGGGGAGGACAUACCUGCAGCAGCAGCAGCAACAGGUUCUGAUGCAGCAGCAGCAGCAGCAGCAGCUGAGCUGCAGCAGCUCGUUGUGAGGGUUAGACAGGAGGGCAUUCUUUACCGCAAACUACAGAAGGAAGAGGAGAUGCAGCAGCAGCAGCUGCUGCAGCAACAACAGCAGCAACAACAGCAACAACAGCAACAGCAACAACAGAAGCAACAACGGCAAUUAAAGCUGAAGCAGCAACAGCAGCAGCAGCAGCAGCAACAACAACAACAACAAGCUGCUCGCGAGGCAGCAAGGAAGGGAGAGACACAACGCCAGCAGCAACAGCAGCAGCAGCAGCUAGGCAGUAAGCCAUCCCCACAGACCCCACAGAAGCAGCAGCAGCAGCAGCAACAGCAGCAAGUGCAGCAGCAGCAAGUGCAGCAGCAGCAGCAGCAGCCAGUUGGGAUCAGUCAGCUGAUGCCCUUAGAUUGUAUGGAAGUUGAGGAUUGGGACGCAGGGGAGACAUCGUCAGCAGCAGAAGCAGCAGCAGCAGCAGCAGCAAACGUAGCAGCAGCUGCUGCUGCACCCGCAGCAGCGGUUGCUGCUGCGGUGUCCCAUUCAGGAUUACCAAUGGGUGCAGCAGCUGGUGUAGGACUGUUGCGCCAAUGGCAAAAACAGCAGCAGCAGCAGCAGCAACAGCAGCAGAGACAGCAGCAGCAGCAACAGCAGCAGCAGCAGGAAGAGGGGCAGCAAGGGAGCGAGAGCGACAUAAGUUGGGGUCUUAGCGAAGAAGAGUCUGACAUCCAUCUCAUAGGCAGCAGCAGCAGCAACAGCAGCAGCAGCAGCAGCAGCAGCAGCACUGCCAAACGCGCUUCUCCUAGCUUAAUCAGAUUAGAACAGGCAGCAGAGACAGCGUUAGCAGCAGCAGCAGCAGCAGCAUCAGCAGCAGCAACAGCAUCAGCAGCAGCAGAGCUGCUGCUGGAUGUCUCAAGUGGCAGCGACGAGGAGCAGCAAGGACUCCCUGUCCUUGGCUUCCGCACCCGCAGCAGCAGCAGCAGCAGCAAUAGCAGCAGCAGCAGCAGCAACAGGCGUGGCCUUCGUGACGCGGGCCUUGGCAUGGAUUCUCCCUCACCUAUAAGAAUUGCACGAGCAGCUGCAACAGCAGCAGCAGCAGGACCUGAUUCUGCUGCUGCAGCAGCAGCAGCAACUGCAGCAGCAGCAGCAGAAGGUAGUAUAUCAAGAGAGAGCAGCAACGGUAAUUGGGUGUCUCUCCCCUCAAGGGGAUCGUCUCCUGUGCUGCUUGCUUCCCCUCGUCUCUGCUCCCUAGAUGCAGCAAGCAGCAGCAGCAGCAGCAGCAGCAACAGCAACAAGAGCAGCAGCAAGAGCAGCAGGAGAGGGAGUAAUUGGGGCAGCAGCAGCAGCAGCAGAUGCAACUCUCCUACUGCAGCAGCAAACAACAGCCUCUUUGUUGUCCUUCAUCCAACACCCCGCAAACACCUGCAGCAGCAACAGCAGCAGCAGCAGGAGCAGCAGCAGCAACAACAGCAACAGCAGCAGGAGCAGAAACAGGAGACGAAAGCCCCGCAGUUGAGGGAAUUCGCUGCAUAA